AUGGCAACUGCACAGACUCAAGAACAGAUUUGGCAGAGUGAUAAAUCAUUGGCUGAAUGUUUGGGCCAUCUCUUCACUUCCGGUAUAGCAUGUGACGUCACAUUCCUGGUUGAAGAAGGAAAAUCUAAGAUUUCCGCCCACAAAACGAUUCUCAUCAGCAGGAGCCCCGUAUUUUAUGCUAUGUUCGAGGGAGAUCUCGCCGAAAAAGGAGAAAUUGUCAUUCCGGAUAUGACGCAGGAGAUAUUUACAUUGUUUCUAAGGUACCUUUAUACGGACACAAUAGAAUUCAGCGACACUGUAGCAAUGCCUGUCCUAUCUGUUGCGAGGAAAUACAUGGUGGAUAAUCUUGUUACCGAAUGUCAAACCUUCAUUAAGAAAUCCAUAACUCCGGAAAAUGGAUGCUUCUGGUUGGAACAAUCCCACCUACAUACAGAAGAAAGCAUGAUGGAAGAAUGUCUACCUUUGAUAAACAAAACACCGGAAGUAGUGCUAAAAUCCACAAGUUUCCUUGACUUGUGCGGUAUCUGCGUGAAACGUAUCACAGAGUCGGACAACCUGAAUGUGGAUGAGAGGAUGGCGUACGAGGCGGUGAUUCGUUGGGGGGAGGCAGAGUGUGAACGUCAGGGACUGGAGUUGACAGACAGCAAUGUCCGGAAGGUACUCGGGGACGUCCUCUACACCAUCAGGUUUCCGGUUCUUGAUUCUAAGUAUUUUACACAACAGGUCCUCACGAGAAAUGUCCUAACACCAGAACAGUUAGUGAACAUCAUAAGGCAUCAACAGGACAGCAAAACAUAUGUCUGUACGGACUUUAAUGAUAAACAACGACAAACAAGUAUACCAGUAAAAGGCCAAUAUGAAUGUGUUGAAAGGUUUGCAGUAACAAUGGAAAGUCUAUGGGAUUCGUUGGCUCUCCAGGAUAAUGAUAGUAUAUCUUUUACCUCAUCCGUUAAUAGAUGUCUACAUGGGCUGAAGCUUUACGGCUCAUAUCAAGCGAACCAGAAUAUUGAUAUAGGAGUGUACGGUGAGCAAGGUUACACACUGUACAAACAAAACCACACUCUGACAAACACAGAUGUGUGUAGGAUAGAAUUCGAUCAGAUUAUUAGAAUUAUAGCAGGGCAGACUUACACAAUCGUCUUACACGGUGGAGUACGCACACAUGGGUAUGGGACAGAAGGGCGUUUACAGGUACAAUGUAGUAAAGGAUAUAUUCAGUUUUCUCGAAGCUCAUUAUUUCCGUGUCAUACUACAGAUACGUCUCAUGGGUAUGGGACAGAAGGGCGUUUACAGGUACAAUGUAGUAAAGGAUAUAUUCAGUUUUCUCGAAGCUCAUUAUUUCCGUGUCAUACUACAGAUACGUCUCAUGGGUAUGGGACAGAAGGGCGUUUACAGGUACAAUGUAGUAAAGGAUAUAUUCAGUUUUCUCGAAGCUCAUUAUUUCCGUGUCAUACUACAGAUACGUCUCAUGGGUAUGGGACAGAAGGGCGUUUACAGGUACAAUGUAGUAAAGGAUAUAUUCAGUUUUCUCGAAGCUCAUUAUUUCCGUGUCAUACUACAGAUACGUCUCAUGGGUAUGGGACAGAAGGGCGUUUACAGGUACAAUGUAGUAAAGGAUAUAUUCAGUUUUCUCGAAGCUCAUUAUUUCCGUGUCAUACUACAGAUACGUCUCAUGGGUAUGGGACAGAAGGGCGUUUACAGGUACAAUGUAGUAAAGGAUAUAUUCAGUUUUCUCGAAGCUCAUUAUUUCCGUGUCAUACUACAGAUACGUCUCAUGGGUAUGGGACAGAAGGGCGUUUACAGGUACAAUGUAGUAAAGGAUAUAUUCAGUUUUCUCGAAGCUCAUUAUUUCCGUGUCAUACUACAGAUACGUCUCAUGGGUAUGGGACAGAAGGGCGUUUACAGGUACAAUGUAGUAAAGGAUAUAUUCAGUUUUCUCGAAGCUCAUUAUUUCCGUGUCAUACUACAGAUACGUCUCAUGGGUAUGGGACAGAAGGGCGUUUACAGGUACAAUGUAGUAAAGGAUAUAUUCAGUUUUCUCGAAGCUCAUUAUUUCCGUGUCAUACUACAGAUACGUCUCAUGGGUAUGGGACAGAAGGGCGUUUACAGGUACAAUGUAGUAAAGGAUAUAUUCAGUUUUCUCGAAGCUCAUUAUUUCCGUGUCAUACUACAGAUACGUCUCAUGGGUAUGGGACAGAAGGGCGUUUACAGGUACAAUGUAGUAAAGGAUAUAUUCAGUUUUCUCGAAGCUCAUUAUUUCCGUGCCAUACUACAGAUACGUCUCAUGGGUAUGGGACAGAAGGGCGUUUACAGAUACGUCUCAUGGGUAUGGGACAGAAGGGCGUUUACAGGUACAAUGUAGUAAAGGAUAUAUUCAGUUUUCUCGAAGCUCAUUAUUUCCGUGUCAUACUACAGAUACGUCUCAUGGGUAUGGGACAGAAGGGCGUUUACAGGUACAAUGUAGUAAAGGAUAUAUUCAGUUUUCUCGAAGCUCAUUAUUUCCGUGUCAUACUACAGAUACGUCUCAUGGGUAUGGGACAGAAGGGCGUUUACAGGUACAAUGUAGUAAAGGAUAUAUUCAGUUUUCUCGAAGCUCAUUAUUUCCGUGUCAUACUACAGAUACGUCUCAUGGGUAUGGGACAGAAGGGCGUUUACAGGUACAAUGUAGUAAAGGAUAUAUUCAGUUUUCUCGAAGCUCAUUAUUUCCGUGUCAUACUACAGAUACGUCUCAUGGGUAUGGGACAGAAGGGCGUUUACAGGUACAAUGUAGUAAAGGAUAUAUUCAGUUUUAUCGAAGCUCAUUAUUUCCGUGUCAUACUACAGAUACGUCUCAUGGGUAUGGGACAGAAGGGCGUUUACAGGUACAAUGUAGUAAAGGAUAUAUUCAGUUUUCUCGAAGCUCAUUAUUUCCGUGUCAUACUACAGAUACGUCUCAUGGGUAUGGGACAGAAGGGCGUUUACAGGUACAAUGUAGUAAAGGAUAUAUUCAGUUUUCUCGAAGCUCAUUAUUUCCGUGUCAUACUACAGAUACGUCUCAUGGGUAUGGGACAGAAGGGCGUUUACAGGUACAAUGUAGUAAAGGAUAUAUUCAGUUUUCUCGAAGCUCAUUAUUUCCGUGUCAUACUACAGAUACGUCUCAUGGGUAUGGGACAGAAGGGCGUUUACAGGUACAAUGUAGUAAAGGAUAUAUUCAGUUUUCUCGAAGCUCAUUAUUUCCGUGUCAUACUACAGAUACGUCUCAUGGUCAGAUUCCAGCACUACUGGUUUCAUUCUAAAUUUUAUUUCAAGGGAGAGAAGAACUAUUCUACCGGAACAAAUCCAGAUAUCAAUAAUGACUUUGUGAAGGAUUAG